CAGCCUUGCUAAUGUUCUCCAGGCCCUUUUACCGUAGAGGACUAGGACUGAGAUGGUAAAAAAGAACGUCGGCCAUCAUGAUGGUUAUUUCUUUUCGAACUGGGAUCUGCAGCCAUGAGUACCCUGAGGCUUCAGAAACGCUUGGCCGCAAGCGUGUUAAAAUGUGGCAAAAAAAAGAUAUGGCUUGACCCAAAUGAAUCAUCUGAAAUUGCUAAUGCUAAUUCACGCCAAAAUAUCAGAAAACUGAUUAAGGAUGGCUUAAUUAUAAAAAAACCUCAGGUUGUACACAGUCGUGCAAGAACCAGAGCAAAUUUAGAAGCCAAAAGGAAGGGUCGACAUAAGGGAUUUGGUAAACGUCAUGGUACGGCCAAUGCUCGUAUGCCAGAAAAAGUUAUUUGGAUGAACAGAAUGAGAGUUCUCCGAAGACUUUUAAGAAAAUACAGGGAGCAAAAAAAAAUUGACCAGCACUUAUAUCAUGAAUUAUACAUGAAAGCUAAAGGUAAUGGUUUCAAAAAUAAGCGUGUUCUGAUGGAAUACAUUCAUCGCAAGAAGGCUGAAAAGAAGAGAAGCAAGGAACUCAGUGACCAAGCCGAAGCCCGUCGUAACAAAGUUAAAGCUGCCCGCCUUCGACGUGAAGAGAGACAAGCCCAGAAACGUGCUGAAAUUUUACAAGCAUACGCAAAGGAAGAUAGCGCAACGACCACCACGUCGUAAAUUAUUUCCUCGAAAUAUAAUUGUAAAUUCA